AGGAUCUGAUUGAAAUGGAGGCAAUGUGCAAUGGACCAGAUCUGCGAGAAUUCCUUGCUUAUGAGGGAAACUCACAUAUCGCGUUUGUCAAAAAGUCCCCUGAUAUCUCUGUUCCGAGGUUUGAUAAGAUGUUUAUGCGAGGAGUGUCCGGCGUUGUCGACAGACUGAAAGCCCUUCCCAACAUUCCUCAGGAAGUUAUGUCUGGGCUCAGGGGGAAAGAAACGCCCGAGGAAAAAAUAAGUCGGGAUCAGACUCAGUUUGAUGUUGACACGAUAGAUUUGAGUAUCGGAGUAUGGGAAGAUCAGACUUCAUCGUUGUCCUGCCAACUGCCCGUCACUGCCGAGCAAAUCGUGACAGACUGUGAGACGGACGAGGGCGAGGACAGAGAUUUGUUCCACAUGUCGGAGGUCAUUGCUGACCAUAAGGGCUGGGAGCAAGUGAAGGAAGUGUACCACCAGGAAGUGGACAAAGUACUGACCAGUCUACCGGGUGUCAGCCACAGUGUGGACCAGACAGAGCAAGAAUUGCCGAAGGAUGACCUUGAGCUCAGCUUGGUUGUCCUUGACCUUCUGGUUCAGGGUCUCCAAGGUCGUGACCUUUGGCUGUGUAAGGAACGUAUGGUCCAAGCUGUGCAAGCUGUUCUUGGCAAAGCUUUAUGCAGGUACCUGGAGAGUGCUAUCUUGACCUUGACCUCAGAACCGCAGCUCACCGCCUACCUCCGUCUGCUCCGGGAGACCGUCUGGCCUCAAGGUCAGUUGUGGUCAGACUCGCCACCACCAAGGUCACCGGAGGAGAGAGAGGCUCUGCAACAACAGGCUAAAAGAUGUCUGAUUAACUUCUUCCCAGAGAGUGUGAGGCUGGUGAUUGGACAACAGGAGUUUGACAAACUGAUGGACGUCUUUCUCAACAGUCUGGGCAGCAAACAACUCAACAGACAUAUCUUGUACCAAAUUCUGGACCUCCUAGUGGAGCACUUGUUCCCAGAGAUCGCGGACCGGGACAAGUUGCAAGAACUUCUCUUGUGCAAAGCCAAAGCGGAUGCUCGGUGAGAGAGAAGAGUUCGUGAAGGAAAUGUACAUCGAGCAGAAGGCAGCACUUUGUUCCCUACGCAAACGGCAACUCUGAACUUUUGUAUUUCAGUUUCAUAUGUGCUGACUCACUCAUGACAGAGGGAGGCGGGGCCAAAACUGUGUUGAUGGUGCUGUAAAUCAUCUACUCAAAGAUCAGUCAGUCUUCAAGAAGGCUUAGUAGUUACCAGCAAUGACAAAAAAAAGUCUUUAUUUUACUUUGAGAGUACGACUGAGAAAGGGGACUUAUCAGUAAAAGCAAAAA